AUGUCGUCCACCAGCAACGCCUCCAUUGACAAGUUCAACGGAGACAAUUGCGCAACGUGGAGCCGGUACAUGCGCGGUGUGUUUUUGACGAAGUCCGUCUGGCACGUCGUCAACCGUGAAGUGACUCCGACUUUCACCGACCCGCGAGCGUCCGAUGACUACGUCAAGGCAAGCAACGUCUCAUUUGGUAUGAUGCUGCUGCACACGAACGCGUACUACCAUCAUGUGCUGAACAACUGCGAGGAAGCCUGGGUUGCAAAGACAAGUCUGAAGACGCUGUACGGUGGGUCGCAGAAGGCAGGACGCAUCUACCUCAAGCGACAACUUUUCAGUACCAAGAUGGCUGAAGGCGCGAACGUCAUGCAUCACUGCAACGAGGUCCUCAACAUUCCCGCCAAGCUUAGCGGCAUCGGUUCGAAGAUGGAAGACGAAGACGUUGCAAUUUUUCUGCUACUCAGUCUUCCGAAGAGCUACGAAAAUGUGGUGCUCAACAUGGAAAUGAGCAGCACCGAGCUUCGCACUCAAGAUGUGGUGAGAGUCCUGACGAAUGAGCAUGCCAAGCGUCAAGGAGAAAAAGGGACAACGACAGCGACUACGGUGAAGGCUGAAGAUGCAAGCAAGGCAUUCAGCGCCGAGCGUGAGCCCUACCAAUGCACGUAUUGUGACAAGGUGGGACACACGGUGGGUCGUUGCUGGACAAAGCAGAAGAACGAAGGUCGGGGAGCCCGACGCGGCGGCAAUGGUCGUGGACGCGGGGCUAACAAUGUCCAGUGGGGACAUCAUGAUGAAGGCAAUGGCUACGAUCGAGUGGCGUUUGCAGUCUCGUUCGAAUGUGGAGUUUCGACGAGCAAGGACGUGUCUGGAAUGUGGGCCGUCGACAGUGGUGCAACGCACCACAUUUGCCACGACAAGACCAAGUUCGCAAGUUUGGCAGAGCGCAAUGAGGGCGAACUCUUGGUGGCUGAUGGCAACAAGGUGGCCAUCAAGGGUGUGGGAACCAUCAUGGAAAAGGUGGUUCUGCCCAACGGUGAAGAGCGUGAGAUCGAAAUCAAGAACGCGCUAUAUGUUCCAAGUAUGAGCAAGAACCUGCUCUCGGUGCCACAGAUUAACAGCCAUGGCAAGUUUCAAGUCGUGUUUGACGGAUCCAAAAUGUAUGUGACUCUCAAGAACUCACAGCAAGUGGUGGCGACAGAGGAUCUCGUGGAUGGACUCUACUGGCUUCGGACGACUCAACGAUCAGCGAAUGUGACAACAAGUGGAACCAGUUGUGCCGAUCUACAUGCGAGAAUGGGUCAUGCUCCAGUCGAUGUACUUCGCAAGAUGAUCGCGACCAACAUGAUCAAGGAUGUGCGAGUCCCUCUCAAGUCGGGUGGAGCAACUACAUGUCGAGGAUGUCAACAAGGGAAAAUGGUCCAAAAACCAUUUCCAAGAAACCGAGACAAGCGCAGCUACGAUACGUUUGAGCUACUUCAUCUGGACAUCUGA